AUGUUUCCUGAGACUGCACCCCUGCAGUCGCCUCCGUCCCCGUCCCUGCUGCCCUGCCAAGCCUGUUGCCGUCCCUGUUCCCACGCCCCCAUAUCAGGAAGCGUCCCUGCUUCUCCGUUCUCAGGCAGGGACUCCUCCGUACCAUAUCAGGAAGGCGUCCCUGCUUCUCCGUUCCCAGGCAGGGACUCCUCCGUCCCAUAUCAGGAAAGCGUCCCUCCGUCCCUGUUCUCACGCAGGGACUCCUCCGUCCCAUAUCAGGAAAGCGUCCCUGCUUCUCCGUUCUCAGGCAGGGACUCCUCCGUCCCAUAUGAGGAAAGCGUCCCUGCUUCUCCGUACUCAGGCGGGGAAGCCCACAAACUCGUUCAUCAUAUCUUCCCCCCCCCCCCCUCCCUCAUCGAGCCCACAAACUUGUCGGUCAUAUCUUCCCUACCCUUACCAUACCACAGCACCAAGCAAAACAAACUUGUUCUUCAUAUCUUCCCCUUCCACCUCGUUGAGCCCACGAACUCCUUCGUGAUAUCUUCCCCCCCCCGCCUCAUUGAGCCCCCGAACUCCUUCGUGAUAUCUUCCCCCCCGCCUCGUUGA